UAUAUGUUUUACUGGAACGGCUGCGACGUCACCUUUAGUGAUGUCACUCCCACGUUCUGUGAACCACAUCCGGGUAAAACGACAACGAUUGGUCAAUUCCGGUCUGCAAUAGAGCGAAGUCUUGAUCUCUUUGGCAACAACUCGGCAGAUCUCUCUGUGGUUUACUUUGAGAGCAUCGAUGACCUUGGCCACAGAUAUGGCCCAGAUUCCGUCCACGUGAAGGGCAUGGUUAAGCAGGUAGAUCGGGUGAUCGAGACAAUGUUACGUGAGAUAGAAACUAGACAUCUGGAUGAUGACAUCAAUGUGAUGGUUCUAUCUGACCACGGAAUGACUGACGUCAGCCUCUCCAAGGUGGUCAACAUCAGUGACGUAAUUAACAUGGACAAUAUCGAAGUUAUAAUUAAUAACUAUGGAUCGAGUGUUUACAUCUGGCCGAAAAAUGGGAAGGAACAAACGGUGUAUGCUUCACUGGAAAAUACUAGUGCCUAUUUCAAAACGUUCCUACGAAAGGACAUCCCUCCACAAUGGCAUUUUCAACACAACAACAGAAUUCCCGACAUACUGCUGGUAGCUCAACUUGGCUGGUAUAUAGAUACGCCAUCGUUUGGAUUCUAUUACUAUGACAACACUGGUGCUAUGCGAGGAGAACACGGCUUUGACGUUACAGAAAGCGACAUGGCCGGCUUGUUUGUGGCAAUGGGCCCGGAUUUUCGGACAAAUGUGAAGGUUGAUAAGUUGAACAAUGUAAACCUAUACCAGGUGAUGUGCGGUAUUAUAGGAGUGGGACCCAGACCACACAACGGUAGUUGGUCUGACGUGGUCAACCUCGUCGCCGACAUCUCAACAUCCACAGCAGCAGCGCUGAGUUCUUCAUCAUCAUCAACAACAACAACAACAACAGUGGUUCUCGUUUACAUCUUGUGUACAAUGAACAACUCUUGUUUUUAA